ACAGCCUCAGUAGAGGAGCACAGGGAGGUGUCAGGGCCUACCUGCCCCUUUCCCAUUUUUCCCUCCUGAGGCCGCUUCCCCUGCUACAACCAAGAAGACAUAAAUACAACUAACACCAUCGCUGGCAUUUGUCCCAUCUUUUUUUUGAGAUUUAUUUUCUUAGAUCAGUGUUUUGCCUGCAUGUGCCUUCAUGCACCUUGUCCUUGCCUGGUGCCUGUGGAAAAGGAAGUCAGAUCUGGAAUUGGACUUAGAAUUGUUAGCAUUGUGGGUGCUAGGAACCAAACGAGGACCCUCUACCCUCUACAAAGAAAAAGCAAGUGUCCGUCACUGCUGACUUCUCUCACCAGCCUAGUUGUUUUGUUUUUUCGACAGGGUUUCUCUGUAUAGCCUUGGCUAUCCUGGACUCGAUUUGUAGACCAGACUGGCGUCAAAGUCACAGAGAUCCACCUGCCCCUGCCUCCCCAAGUGCUGGGAUUACAGGUGUAUGCAUCGUGCCCGGCUCAUUUUUAAUUCUUAGGUUGCCCCUUAAACAAGUGGAGACGAAUACAUGCUCUGAAGAAGAGCUUAAUGGAGUUUUGAGUAACAGAAGGCUUGAAAAAUUGAUACUGUGCCCCUCCAUGGGACUCUUGAGCUGCCAGGACAGCUGCUCUCUGGCCAUCAGCAGACCUCAGAAACUAGAAACAUUUAUUUCAGGCUCCACCGGCCUGGCCACUGUGGUCAGGAUUGGAAAGCACCUGCCAGGUGCUGCCUGAGCUAACUGGAGAUGUCAAACUGUGGCUUGAGGAGUUCACGCUCCCUACAGUCUUUCCUGGGCGUUCAAGCCACAGCAGGUGUCGAGCGCCCCCUCCCUGCGACUCACGGAAAAGGGAGUUCGUGCGCUCGCGUUCACAGCCAACCUCUUGACAAGUGCCCACAGGCCCUACAUGACACGUGAGGAAACUAGGCGCACUCCCGUGGGUGACUGGCUCUGUGCAACCUCGAGCGGCGCGGGAGGUGACGCCUGGAGUUUCUUGCCGUUCCACACCACCUGGGCCCAGCUCGAGGUCACGAGUGCUCAAGCACGACUGAAUUGGGUCUCGAGGCCCAAAGUGGAAGGGGCUGCUCCCCCUUCCAGCCAGGGCCCGAGCGGCGGCUGCUGACCUGGUCGCAAAGGCCAGGGCUGCGAGUCCCAGACCCCGACUACUGGCGUUACGGGGUCCCGGAAGAUCCGGGGGCUUUUCCGGGAGGCUUCUCCUGCAGCCAAUCAACGUUGUGACCGUCACCGGAAGGAGGCGUAUCCCGGAGCAACCAACCGGCCGGGCUGUCUCGAGUUUGGUGGCGGGAAAGGCCAUGAGUAAAAGCCGGGCCGAGGCUGCGGCAGGAGCCCCAGGGAUCGUCCUGAGGUACCUGCAGGAACAAAACCGGCCUUACAGUGCCCAGGACGUGUUCGGGAACCUGCAGAAGGAACAUGGACUGGGCAAGGCGGCGGUGGUGAAGGCACUGGAUCAGCUGGCCCAGCAAGGCAAGAUCAAAGAGAAGACGUACGGCAAACAGAAGAUUUAUUUUGCCGAUCAGGACCAGUUUGAGACCGUGAAUGAUGGUGACCUCCACAGCCUGGAUGACAACAUUGUGGCCCUCACCGCUAAGGUGCAGAGCUUACAGCAAAGCUGUCGUCACAUGGAGGCUGAGCUGAAGGAAUUAACAAGUGCACUGACCACUCCUGAGAUGCAGAGAGAGAUCCAGGAGUUAAAAGAGGAAUGUGCUCGCUACACGGAGAGGCUGAAGAACAUCAAAGCAGCUACCAACCAUGUCACUCCAGAAGAGAAAGAGAAGGUGUACAGAGACAGGCAGAAGUAUUGCAAAGAGUGGAGGAAGCGGAAGAGAAUGACCACAGAGCUGUGUGAUGCAAUCCUUGAAGGAUACCCCAAGAGCAAGAAGCAGUUCUUCGUAAGUGAUUCUCCCUCUUGCUCCCCUGGGAUCUCUGCCCAGAGGACUCCUUUAUUUCUUUCCUUGCCCCACAGGAGGAAGUUGGGAUAGAGACAGAUGAAGAUCAUAAUGUUACGCUCCCAGACCCCUGAUGGAGACUAGGAACAGAUGUCCUGGCUGGCCACCUUGUUUAGGUGGGCUUAUUGUUAUUGAUUUUCUCCACCUUUGGCAGUGGGGAGAAGCACAGAAGCAUAAUAUUAGGUAUAGGGACUCAGGGCUGGUAGUCAGAAAGGGAUGGUCACGUCCAUUUGUUGUCCAUAUUCAGAGGCCUCA